AAAAGCUCUAAAUGUACAAACUGUUUCUAAUGUCAUAUGUAAUAUUAACUUUCAUGUGCCUUCUGUUGCAUAACUUGAGGAUACAAAUUAUAGACAAAUAAUUUAUUUCGGGAUGAAUUAAACUGCAACAACGCUACAGGGACAUAAAUAGCGACACACUUUAAGUUCAAUAUAAAUUACACUUCAACGCUACUAUUAACAUAAUUUGGAGUAAACAAGAAACUAUUUUACAAAAGUAUUCGCCAGGGAGAGCAUCCAAGCGUUUAAGGAAGUGCUUGAAGCGCUUAAACCAUUGACAUGAAAGAAAGGGACAACCUCAGGAGGGCAAUUACGUAAUUGGAAACUCUGUACAUAUUAUUGCAUAAUAGGUUCGCACUAUGAGACGACUGUCCCGUUGCAACUUUUGUAGAGUUCGUCUGCAGGGAAAUAUUAUGGUUUAUAUAGCUGCGAUAAUAAUAGUGAUCUUUCUCGCUCCAACAGAAUUUCAUCUUAUUUCCAGUCUAACCUCUUUUGUAAAGCAAACUGACGUUAUUGAACAACUAGAAAUAAAUGUAACACACUUGACAAAUCGAGAUGUGACUGCAAAAAUCGUGCCACCUUUUAUAAAAACUAAAAAUGGUCGAAUAUAUUUAUUUUCUGCCAUUAUUGCCUAUAUAGAAAACGAUCAGGCAUUUAAACAAAAUCAAAAACAAAAUAUUACUGAAGUAUCCCCAACUGCUAUUGUUGCUGGAUGGGAACAUAAAAACGGAUCCUCUUCUGAUUUUAAAUGUUGCUUCAGAUUAAAGAAUGGCACGUUCGUUUCCGUUCUAUCUUGGAAUAAAUCUCAUUGGUUAUUUCUAGAAAACGUUACUUUACAGGCAAAAGCAGUUCAAAUGCCCAGUUAACUUUGAUAUUAACGAUAUUUCUUCGAUCACUAUUUUAAGUGAUAAAAAUGCAACUUGUCCAGAGGAAAACGUAUUCUACAUCACUACUACAAUCAUUAAACAUAAAAGACGUCCUAAAAAUAUAAGAAAUCGGAAUGUUGGUGUCUGUGUAAAACUUACAUUUGGAUCUUUAGAUGCACAAAGACUUAUAGAAUGGUUUGAGAUCCAUAAAUUAUUUGGUGUUGACAAGGUUAUAGCAUAUACCUACCAAUUAAAUUUAAAAGCAGCUAAGGUUCUGAGAUUUUAUGAAAGAAGUGGAAUGGCUCAGGUUUAUGACUUUGACCUUCCAGAGAAAGAUAUCGUAAAACGCAGCAUUGGUGAUGAGGACAAUCAAUACUGGAAUGAUGAACAAGUGGUGUUAUUUGACUGCCAGGAACGACUAAGGCAUUAUGAUUAUGUUGCAGUCAUCGACACAGAUGAGUUCUUACUACCGAAUACGAAACAUUUCAAAAAUGCUUGGAAAAUAUACCUAGAAAAUAAGUUCAGUACAGAGAAUGUUGGGGCGUUGUUAUUUUUCGUUAGAAUCCAUGCAUAUACGUGGGGCCCGUCAAACAAAAACCACCCGCUUCAUAUCGGACGAUAUAGCAACUGUACAUUUCCAAUGUUGGAUAGACCUAAGGGUGUAUAUAUGCCAUCUCGAAUACGACAAGGAAGUGUGUGGACACAUGUAGCUAAACCGUUACAAGGUUUUACUAGUUAUAUGGAGAAUGUGAAUGAAGCCGUUAUACAUCAUUAUAGACAUUGUAGAAAGGAAUGGUUGAAUACAACUACCAAACAUGUUCGCCGUGCAGACAAGUAUCUGUUUUACAUGACAAACACCAUUAAAUGUACUGACUUUCGCCGAUCUCAUUCCGAUGUUAUUGGUCAACUUGCUGAUACUAUCAAAUACGACGUUUUUAAAAGACUAGAAGAGAUAGAACUGUGAAUUGAAUGUCAUUCCUUGGAAAUUUACAUAAUUCAGAACAUCAGUGUUUUACUCCUUGUUAUUAUUUUUAUAUAGUGGAUAAAUUUACAUAUUGUCCGUCAAUUAUUGAUGAUCAUUCAUAUAAGAUAUUAAUAAAAUACAUCUUUGUAUGUACAUGUAUGUGUGUAUAAUAGACAGUACUGAUUUUGUGAAAUUUUGAAUCCAAGGGUUUUAUGGUUAAAAUGGUAUCUUAAGUGUUUCAAACUAAUACGGGUAUGCUAAAGAUAAAUAAUGUUGACCUUUAACCUUGGCGUUCAAAAGAUCAAAUCAAAAUUGCCGCUUAGAAAUGCAAAAAUUUGUCUGAUUUCAUACUUCUAAAGGAAUUACAUGUUCCAAAAGCUAUGGCGGAUAAAAAUGGAAACACUAAAUUGACAGAUGGAAAUAGAUAUAAGCAAGCAACUAGGUUAUGAUUAAUUUUAACCAGUGAUGGAUAGGGAUUGACUGGCUUGUAGAUUUUUCAGCGAUUUCGUUAAUUCUGUCCACAUUGAAAGACCUUAGAAUUUCGCUACGGAAUAAUAAGGCUAUGAGCGAAUCAUGACAUGAUCACAUGAGGAAUUUCAACCGUUUUUAAAUCCUUUGUUAGGUUUAUCAAAAUAUACCGCUAAAACCUUGCCCUGGAACUCAAAAAUCAAAAGGGGCAGCCGGGAUGCUUUCAAUUUAAUGUUUGCAUGACACCCUUAUAGAUGCCAGUGAUUGAAUGGUGAUAAAAUGGGAAGCGUUUUGCUUGACGCUACAUAGCAAACUCUACAUUAUUAUGUAAUUUUGCAUGAUAAUGUUGAGUAACAGUCAUAUAUUUCUUGAUACGAUAGGACAUAUGAGACUCCGAAGUUGUAUCUCUAACCAUUUAGUUAUGGUGGGGUAGGGGUAGAUUAUAGAAACGCUUUGCUUAAUGUUAGGAGUAAUAAUAGCUGCAGAAAAUGCGCUUCAAAUAUAACAGUUUUAUUGGGUUUUACUUUGGCGACGCGGGCUUCAAAUAACAGUUUCUGUUAAAGCAGCACAUCUCAAGAUGCAUGUUUUUCAUAUAUAUUUUUUUCUAUUAUACGUAUGGUAUAUAUAUUUUUCUCAGAAAAUUUUACAUCACCAGUUCGACACCGAAAUAUUUAACAACUAAAAGGAGAAGAAAUCUUUAAGACCUAGUCUUUCGUUCUAAUCCUCUUCUUUGAAUAUUGUCAAAUUUUGUAUGUGUAUAUAUUUCAAAUGUUAUUAUGUACAUAUUCUGAGAAUAAAUAUGUUUAAACUAAGA